GACACUGUUGCUGCAGCAUAGUAUGCAAUAUGUGAUUUUGGUGUCCAGCAAUACUUACAGGCAUGUAGGCAACAUGCUUUUGAUUAGUUGAACUGAGGCAGCCAGUGGACCAGAGAAGGAGUGGCUGUCUCCUACAAAAUGACAUGAACAGCAACACUAUCACAGUCCUGCUGCGCUAGGCAAUACAGAAUCCUCAAAUCUCACCUGUGGCGCCUGUACUGUACAUCCAGCUCCAGCACCAUGGCUGACGAGAUCUGGCUGUCCUUGUUCCUCUCUGCUGGUCUGUGUGUGGGGCUGCCCACUGUCAUCUGGGCCCUCUACUCUCUGAGACGCCAUCAGAAAGCAGGCGGUCAUGUCUCAGCCUUCAUCUACUCACUUAUCGCUAGUGAUAUCCUGGAGCUGCUGUUGAGCCCUUUCCUGAACACAUGUUUCCUGCAGGGAAUUCCGAGUCAUGACCGUUCACCCUGCUGGAUGCUCUGCUUCAGUUUUGCUGGGGCGAGGAUCUGCGGUUUGCACUUCCACCAGCUGGUGGCCUUCGAGGGAGUUCUGUUUCUGACUUACCCUAAACCAUCCUCUCACUUCUUUGGUGUCGUCUUCCCAACAGCACUGUCUCUGUCUGUGUGGAUCUUUGUAAGUGGCAUUAAUGGCUUCACCACUGGUUAUAUCAUCAACUUAAUCUUCUGCGUGGUACCAGUGAUACUGGCCAUCAUAACGAGUGUGUUGACCUUCAGACUUCCAAGGUCGUCUGUGGGUCUGCUCAGCCACAAGCGGUCGGGUUUCAAAGUUCUCCGGACUGCUCUGUCCACUCUUAUUGUUCUGUAUAUCCCAUGUUUGGUCAUUUACAGCAUGGACUUUCCUGGCCUGGACUCUGAGUCUUCAUGGCUGAAUGGGGCCGUGGCUAUCAUGAGUUUACGAGUGGUGACGGAACCUCUGCUGUGUGUGCUGGUCUGCAGGGAGACUUACAAGUGUCAGACCCACGCAGAGACAGAGACACAGACACAUGAUCCAGGGUCAGGCUGACUUCAGAACAUGGUCCUGUCAAAACAAUUUGCUCCAAUAUCAUUCUGUAGGUUUGCAUGUUCCCUACAUUAUACUGUAAAUGCUGUCCCAUCUCGGUAACAACAAAUAAGAUCUCACAACAAAAAUGGUACAUAUUCUUCAUUACAUCAGUACAUCAACAGUGAAAAUUAGUCACUUGGAAGUAUUUUCCCACACAAACACACAUGUGCACUGUACGUGUGCGGGCACAAUUAACUCAAUGAAAUAAGAAAGCAACAUGUACUGUAGUAAUUAAGUGACCAGCGAUGCAAAGGGAUUUUUAAUCUUUUAUCUAUUUAAAAAAAGGCUUUUCUUAUUUAUUCUGCUUUUGUUAUGACUUACAUAGACAUAUAUUAUGUCCUUUUAUCAAAUGUCAACUUUGUUGAUGAUAUUACAUCGCUAUGCUCUUCAUCAUUUCUAUUCUAUGUUUUCCAUCUGCUUAGCUUCAAUUUUGAUAACUAAAUGUAUGUAAAAGUACAAAGCCAAUACACCUGACAGCAUUAGUGUUAAGUCUACACCUUGUAUCAUGUUUCUUAUCAUAUUCACGGACUGAAUAGCCACCAAAUGGGACACCACAUUUUAUGUAAUGAGGCAUCUCCACUUUGCAUUGUGGCUACAUUAUCAUCUAGUCUGCAAUACUUUCUCUUAAUCGAAUUCCAUGUUGUCCACAAUUCUUUAGAUUUUUGUCAGAUGUAAAUUUGUCUUCCUAAUAGCUUGUUCUGGUCUUAUCAAUGCUCACACACACACAGAAACUGGUGUGGCAAGAUAGCAGACGGUGUGAUUUCAGUCAGUGCCCAGAUUUCAGUCAGGGCAAGUGGGUUGUUUUUUUUCCCCAUCUUGGUUUGUUGAACAGAAUCUACAUCUAGCUUCUGCAGCAUGACUGAUAUGCGGCUGUUCUGCAGCAUGACUGAUAUCCGGCUGUUCUGCAGCAUGACUGAUAUCCGGCUGUUCUGCAGCAUGACUGAUAUGCGGCUGUCCUUGCUCCUCUGCCAGCCGGUGUGUGGGGUCUCAGCCUUUGUCUUCUCUCUCAUCUUCAGCAACUUAGCUUUUUUGGUGAUUAUCUAUCUUAAACAUUUCACUCUAACAUGUUAAAAAUGAAAAACAAAGAAUUUUGAGGUUAAGGUUUUCUAUACUUGAAAUGCAACUUGUAUGCAAAUUGAAAUGUAUACUUGUAUGUAAAAUAUUGACUUCAUGUAAAUAAUCACCUGUGGACGUUUUGUGGGGGGAUAUCUAUUAGUUAUGAUUUGAAGCCUAGUAUUCACCUGUAUAUCAUGCAUAAAAUUAAAUUAGAGGUAGUAAGCAUGAUAAAACAAAACAAGCUACCCCAAAUACAGUGCUAUUUUCUAUUUCUAGGGUGGUAUACCAUGUCAAAAUCACUAGACUAGACACAAGACUUUAUCCUUGAAUAGUACUGAUUGACCAAAAUUAGGGGGUCUGGCUCAAGUACUACUGUACAAGGUGAUUUAUGUAGAUAUGUUCAUAAAAAAAACAUACAUGUUCAUAAAACAUUUAGAAAUGAGAAAAUUGUAACAGAAUGGGAAA